CUUCACCAGUGCAAACAUCGAAACCUGAGAAGCAACAUCAUUUGCUUUUCCCGUUAGACUUUACGAGGCCCAACCCUAAACUGAACAAUUUGAGAAAUAAAGAACGGGGUUUCCCUAGUUAUCAGGUCCGAAAUGUUACCGUCCAGUAUGAGUCCGUCAUCAAAAGAAGCUGUGGAAUACAUCACCACCCAUGAUGUGGUGUUUGGGAGAGGGAGAGGAUACGAAAAGCAUCCAGGAAACGUGCGAUUUCACGAAAUCCUUGAAAGCUACAUGGACCAAUACAUGGCUGCAAAAACACGAGCGCAGAAGGUUGCUAUCUCUGUCUCAAUAAUUUCUAGCGUCAGUAUGUCGGGACGCUUUCUAAGAUAUGAUGGCACUCCCCAAGGAUGGGUUCCAGCCCAUGGGGACUCUGUCUGCAAUAAGGUAAGCCAAGCUCUUCGGCAUCGUGCAAGAAUAAAGAAGAAAGAAGCACAAUAUGAGAAAACGUAUAGGGCUACUCUUAAUUGCGACAAAUCGCUAGCUGACCGACAGACAAAUGUAAUGCCGGAUAUAUAUGAAUGCAGUCGACCGGGAAUUGAGUUUCCAUCAAACAACAGAGCUAAGCUGGUCGAGCACCAGCACGGCCUUUCGCCCAUUCCUUUUCACGAUAGUGCAACAAUCGACACAAUUGGGCUAGACCAAGUAACAUUUGAUGACAUUGACCUACUGAACAGAAUCCUAUUCAAUAGCACUCCCUGCAGCACUAACUUCGAGUUUCAAGCUUCCCGCGACUUUCCCCCCAGCUGGUAUCCAACAAUCAAGUCAAAGCAACAUUCCAAUGUAUGGCGACAUGACAAUUUCAGCUAUUCUGUGGCCAUCGAUCCUUCUGAGAUCAGAGCGCGGUAUAUGUUUGGUUGCGAUUUCAAUUCAUUUUGCCACAAGCCAAUCACUCAGUUGUCGAUAAUGACCGAAGAUAUGAACAGUUGUAGUCAUUUGCAGACCUUACAACAUCAGCAGGCUUUUCCAGAUUUGAACCCAGAGCUCAAAUUACAAACAAAAGAGCGCCUGCGCUCGCCAUCGAGCUCAAUUGAAGAACAUGAAAUUCAUUGCCAUCCAAAGCUUGGCGAUCAUCCAGCCGAAGUCGAAUUAACUUCUAUCGAGGAGGAUCUCGAUGAGCUUUUUCAAGAAUCAUGGAAUUUAUUCGACUUUGACUCUUGCUUGUAAAUUUGUUGACCGUCUUCGCGGAUCCUGGCUUUUGCCAACAAAGAGUCAGGAGAUUUAGUCAUAGAUAUUCGUAAGAUGGCUCUUUGUGCCAUACAACAACAAUGGCAGAAGUUCAUUAAAACAAUACUACGGGCUUUCC